AUGAGUGAGGCAAACCGAACCAUUGUGGAGCCCUCGGAGCUCCCCACAGCAUCGGCCGUAUCCCCUGGACCGGGCAGUGGGGCCCGGGCAUGGCCUGUGCUGGUAGGGGUCGUGCUGGGGGCUGUGGUCCUUUCUCUCCUCAUCGCACUUGCUGCCAAAUGCCACCUCUGCCGCAAAUACCGUGCCAGCUACCAGCACCGCCCGCUGUCUGGGACAGGGAAAGGGGUCCGCCCCGAGGUGGGUGAAGAUGAGGAUGACGAUGGCUUCAUCGAGGACAAUUACAUUCACCCUGGGGUUGGUGGGCUGGGGACGGAGGGAAGUAGGGACCACUUCUCCCUCUGAGCCCUCAUCUCCGGACCCCCCACCCCUAUGCCCGACAGCUUAAGGGCAGCAGGUACUUUGUGGGAACCACAAACCUCAGGGACUUGGUGGCUAGGGUUGAAGGGCGGACCAGGGAUAGAUCAAUCCUCUCUUCCUUGACACUAGCCACCAAAGUGACCAUGACCCUCUCUUGUUCAGUAAUCCUCAAUGGCUCCCUCCUGUUCUUGGGAUAAAGCCUACCAAGGCCCUGGCUAUGAAAACAGGCCUCUGUCAGCCUUUGGUUUCCUUUCCUGCCUUUCCCUACUUUACUCCCUACUUAACCAAUUAUUUGUUAUUCCUCCCCCGCCUACCAUGCUGUUUCUCCAUGGACCUUUGCUCACACUCUUCCCUUGUCUCCCUGCCCUUCACUUCUCCCAAGUCCUUUAUGACAGUGAUGAGAAUCCCUGGCCAGUAGACCCCAUGUGGCCUGCCUACCUGCCAGCAUUUCACAUGUGGCCAGUGAUAACAUCUUAGCAGAUGAAAAUCAU